AAAACACAUAAAAAUCAAUAGCCCGACCCUAAGAACUUUAUCUUCCCUAUUUCUCAUCUACUCCUCAACCAAAUGAAAUCCUCUAGACCUCUACCCUGUACUUGCGGCCUAUCUUCCCUAUCCUUCUACUUUGUUCUUAUCUUCUUCUAGUUUAUUUCUGGAAAAAAAAAAAUAACAACUUGUAUGUUCGAAAUCGAUUGGUUUAUAUAAAGUUAUGUUUGGAUUAAAUUAUAGGAUUUUGGCAUAUAUCAAAUUUGCAAGUUUUGCUGUAAUAUAAGCUCUUAAUAUUGAUUCUGGGAUUUUUUUUUUAAAAUUUGAUUAAUCAAUUUUCCUGGGUUUUGGUUUGAAGGAAAAGAAAAAUUUCAGCUCCUGAUCUACAGACGUUAUUUCGAAUAACGUCUGAAUUUCAGUCCCUUAUCCCACAAUCAUUUAAAAUGACUUAUACUAAUAGCACCUAAUAAUUUAAGGUGACUGAAAGUGUUUGACAAACAAAGCCUUAGAGCGACUAUCCGCAGAUGAAGGAAGAAAAGGGCAUGGAAUUAAAAACCACUCCUAGCACCACCAUGCCAACCACCUCCACCACCAAGCGCCUCCUCUUCGACCGCCGUUACGGUUGGGUAAUUGAUGAAUGGAAAAGCCCAUCAGAAGAAGCCCUAGCUGGUGGCCGUGGAAUGUUUUGCGUCGUCCCUAUUGCAAAAGGAUUGGUAGAAAUGGCCUCUAAUUCGGUAAACAUGGCGGUGAACUCUGCCAUUGAAAUUCUCGAAAGACGUGACCAUUUCAGUCCUCAGCAGUUGCAGGCCACAGUUGGCAAUCAGCUUCAGCAGCUUGCAGCUUCUAUGCAGAAACCAAACUUGAGCUUGUUGAAGCUUAAGGGGAAACCUGCAGAAAGUGGCAACCAACAUCAACUGGAAACUGUCUAAAACUGGAUUAAACCAGGGAAAUUAAAACCCCUGUAGCUUAAUGUGUUAUUGUGUGGUUUCAAAUUUUCGAUAAUAGGAAUUUAGGAUGUUGGUGCAUGUAAACAAAUAAACAAUACCGUUACAGCCCUUACAGGUAUACAAUUGACCUUCAAAUUCGAUUUUUUUUAAUUAAAUCGAUUUGUUGAUAGAA